AUGGCUGGCCUACCCAAUCGUCCGUCUGAUUUCGAUGCCUCGCAUACCGAGCAAGAGAGCAUUCCAAAUGGCACCAGUAGCUCCCUCGCCAACGGGCAACCCACCGAGAACAUCCACAAUAUCAGCACGGAUGUUUUGAUUGUCGGUGGCGGGUUUGGGGGCAUCUAUGGCUUGUACCAAUUUCGCAAAAUGGGGUUGCGGGUGAAGCUCUUCGAAGCUGGCUCGGAUUUUGGCGGCACCUGGUAUUGGAAUCGAUACCCGGGGGCCCGUGUCGACAGCGAGACGCCCUACUACAGCCUCUCCAUCCCCGAGGUCUACAAGAACUGGCAUUUCUCGGAACGCUUUCCAGGUCACCAGGAGCUCCGACGCUACUUCAAGCACAUCGACAAGACCCUGGAUCUGAGUAAAGACGCAUACUUCAACACCGUGGUCGUCGAGGCAAAGUUCUCUACAGACACUGACGAAUGGCACGUCCGUACCGACGACGGCGGCCUUGCAAAGUGCAAGUAUCUCGUGUUGGCCACGGGAUCUUCGUACAAGAAGCAUUAUCCAGACUUCAAAAACAUGGAUAAGUUCAAGGGCCGCCUCAUCCACUCAGCCCUGUAUCCCGAAGAGGGUAUCGACGUCACGGGCAAAAAGGUCGGUGUGAUCGGGUCCGGAGCAACAGGCGUGCAAAUCGUGCAGGAGCUCGCCCGCGAGGACUGUCAGUUGACCACCUUCGUCCGGACUCCGAACCUGGCGCAGCCGAUGCAGCAGCGGAAACUCACCAAGGAAGAGCAGGACAACGCAAAGUCCUUCUACCAAGCUUACUUCCAGUCCGCCAAGGAGUGUCUGAGUGGCUUCCCUUACAACCCGGCUACGAAGACCUUCUUCGAAGCCACGCCGGAGGAACGACUCGAGUACUGGGAGGACUUGUGGCAACGGGGCGGGUUCAGUUUCCUGAUCUCCAACUACCGCGAGUUCCUGACCAACAAGGAAGUGAACCGGGAAUUGUACCAGUUCUGGGCGAAAAAGGUGCGGGCGCGAAUGAAGGAUCCGUUCAAAAAGGACGUGCUGGCGCCGCUCGAACAGGGCCACUGGUUCGGCACGAAACGGCCCUCGCUGGAACAGGACUACUACGAGAUGGUCGACCGCGACAACGUGACGCUGGUGGAUCUCAAAGCCACGCCCAUCGUCGAGUUCACCGAGACAGGCAUCAAGACGACGGACAAGCUGCACGAGUUCGACAUCGUCAUCCUUGCGACCGGAUACGAUUCGGUGACGGGCAGUCUGCUGGACAUUGGACUGGUCGGCACCGACGGCGUGCCCCUGCGCGAGAAAUGGAAGAGCGGAACAUAUACGUAUCUCGGCCUGACCAUCCCCAAGAUGCCCAACAUGUUCAUGGUGUAUUCGCCGCAGGCCCCGACGAGUUUGUCCAACGGACCGCCGAUCAUCGAGAUGCAGAUCGACUGGAUUUGCGCCGCCAUCAGGAAGAUGAAGGAGGAGGGGAUCCGGUAUAUUGAUGCGAAACCGGAGGCGGCCGAGAAGUGGCGCGAGGACAUUCAGAAGAUGAAUGCCACCACGCUGUAUCCGGAGACGAACAGUUGGUAUAUGGGCGCCAACAUCCCCGGCAAGCCUCGUGAACAACUCAUCUAUCUCGCCGGCCUGGACGUGUACAACAAAACCACGAAAGAAGCGCUGAAGACAUGGGACGGGUUUGACGUGGUCAAGAAAUAG